GACCAUGAAAUUUUCCGUCUCCAGGAUGAGGUAGCUCAACACGAAGGCAGCAAUGCUACCUUCUACUCUUUCCUUGGUGUAAAGGACUUUGCAAGCCGCGACGCCAUCAAUGCUGCAUACAAGAAGAAGGCCCGUGUCUUGCACCCCGACAAGGCCCGUCAACGUUUCAUCGCUUCCUACGACACCGCCCCACCAGUCAAGAAGUCCAACAAGGGCGACAAGCCCACUGUCCACGUCCACAAGAACAAGAAGCCUUCGCAAAAGGAGAUCAAUGCUUUCAGCAAGGAAGCCUCUGCUCGCUUCGCUCGUCUCGGCAUAGUCACAAACAUCCUCCGUGGCCCUGAGCGCCAGCGCUACGAUCACUUCCUCAAGAAUGGCUUCCCCAAAUGGCGUGGUACCGGCUACUACUACCAGAGAUUCCGCCCUGGUCUCGGCUCCGUCAUGAUCGGUCUGUUCGUCUUCCUUGGUGGUGGUGUUCACUACCUUACUCUCUACAUGAACUGGAUGAAGCACCGUGACUUUGUCGAGCGCUACAUCCGUCAAGCUCGUCGUAUUGCUUGGGGUGACGAAGUUCAAAACAUUGCUGGUAUUGGAAAUGGUACACCUGCCCCCGCUGCUGUCCCUGAGCCCUCAUCCGAGGAAGAACCUCAAGCCAUGAACUGGAACAGAAAAGAGAAGCGUGCCGCCGAGCGUGAGAGCAGACGUGCUGCAAAGAAGCCAAAGUCGACCAGAGCUGCCAUUGUUGAACAAGCAAAGACUUCUGGCGUCAGCACUCCUGUCGAGGCCGAGCUUACCAGCGGUCCUGUUGGCGCAAAGAAGCGCACUAUCGCUGAGAACGGCAAGGUCCUCAUUGUUGACAGUGUCGGCAAUGUCUACCUUGAAGAGCGUACCGAGGAAGGUGAACUUCAUGAGUUCUUGUUGGACGUCGACGAGAUCCAGAAACCUACCAUUAGCGACACCUUCUUGGUUCGCCUGCCCAUCUUCCUCUACAACAAGUCUGUCGGUACUCUUCUUGGUAAGAAGACAACUGAGGCUGAAAUGGAGGAGUUGCUCGAGGGUACCGAAGAGGUUGAGGGCGUCGACGAAGUGACCGCCACACUCAAGUCUGCAGCUCAACCCAACGGCAAUGCUGAAACUCGCAAGAGAAAAAUCAAGCCCAGCAAGUCGAGAGCCAGCUAG